AUGUUAUUCACACCCGCCAAUGGGCUCUCCACGUCCAUACCCGGUUCCAGAGUUGGCUCUGACAAUGGCAAUGCAAUGUACUUUCAGUCAAAUGUGCACAACCACAGUGUAGUGCAGACAGACAUGAUGCAAACGGCACCAUCAGCCUCUGAAGCCUCGCUGGCUGUCAAUCAUGGCACCGCAUUCCAUCACCAAGUAGUAGAGGGCACGCCCCCACCCCGGAAGCUUGAGAACCCCUUCAGAAAGUGUCGGGGCACAUUCGGAAGCUUUAAACUCAACCCCCGCUUCAGGCUCACCAAGAGCCGACAGCAUGGGUACAUCAAGUAUGAGAAUCCUCGACUUCCUGCCGGGUCCUCCAGUCAGGAGGUUACAGGUCCCAUCGCUCGACAAAAGCCCUGGGGAAUCGAUAACAGCAGACGUCGUGCAGUCUCCACUAUUCAUGAGGCAAACUCGUCAGAUUCCGAUGGCUCUGAAGUGGAAGAGCUUGAUCACCCUGAAGCUUGCACAAGAUCCGAUGACACACUGCGACAGCUGGAGCAAGAUCACCGCGACGCAGCUGCCCUCGCUUUGUCGAGGAACGGAAUGACCUCCGCAGAAGCUGCAGAUGGCGAAAAUCUGAGGAAGAGUGUGCAGCGUUCCCUCGGCCUCAUUCAAGUCAGCACAAACCCUAUGACGAGGAGGAUGCUCGAGCGCGGCAGUCCUGAUGAGCUAGUGUUUUUCGCUUUCUACUGCCGCAACUGGUUACCAGGACGCAGUACUCUUGGUGCCGACAAUGUAUGGCAGGAGGACUUUCUACUCUUGGGACAAAACCGCUACGUUUAUCACGCCUUUAUGAGCAUCCCAGCCGUCCACAUUCUCGACAUGAUACCGUCGCGGCGUAGCCUUGGGCUUGCCAACUACCUCUUGGAAGAAGCGAACAAGGGCAUAGACGCUUCGUUCGAACAGUACAACUCUGGACAACUUCUCUCUUCCACCCAAUUGGACUGCACACUCACGACACUGAUCGCCUUGGUCAUCCAGGAUACCAACCUCCCUGAACGUCGUCGCAAGAUGCGCGACCACUGUCCUUGGCUGGAUGCCCUGUACUGCUGCGAACAGCUACUUGAGCGCCACAAUCCCCAUGCCGGCUACUACAAUCCGGAAAACGUUCAAAUGUCGUCAUUACGCGCUGCGCAGUGCAAACUCGUAGCCCGCGGCAUCAUUACAGCUGAGACGAUGCUCCCAUUUGAGCCUGCGCUCCAGUACUCGACGUACGAUGGAAGCAAAGCCUCUAGCCGCUUUAGAUGGUUGAGAUACGGCAACAUCAAAGACAGGCACCAAAUCCAGGGUGGUGUAGGAAUGUGCAGGCGCUUGCUAGAACUGAUGCGACAGAUCACGCUGUGGUCGGGAGCCAUGUCCCAGAGCGAUGCAAGCGGGGGCAACAUGCUCCAGGUUGAAAACAUUAUGAAUUGUCUUGAGGAUAUGCGUCAAUGGGCUCCCAACUUCUUGACAUGGGAUGAGGCCAAGGAAGGGCCCCCAACCAAGGUCUGGGUCGACAGCCACUUCGCAGGCUUGGAGCCAAAGUCUACGCACAAUGCCGGCUGCUCAGGUUGCCAAGAGAUCAUCCAGACGUUCUGA